AAUAUUAUUGUUGCAAAAAAGUUUAUUUCAUUACGUUUAUUUGAUAUCGUUUUGUGGACACGUUUUAUAUUUUGAUAAUACAACAUGCCGUUUGGGUAUGAUUGCAGAACAAGAAUUGUGAAACAGGUACCGUGUAAGCCAACAAUACGCGUCGGUCCCAUAUCGCAAGAACAAGGCACACCUGGACCAGAUCAUUAUGAAGUUCCAGAAAUGUCUGGUGGAAAAGGGUAUUCAAAAAUAAAACGCUCACCAGCUUACACCUUCGGUCGAGUUUUGAAACCCUUGCACACCAGUGCUAUCUCGCCGAAUGCUCCCAUGUUCAACGUCAGAGGCAUAAGCGAAAAAGGUGGUCACAGUAUACCAGGAGGGACAAUGUCUCCUCAACUCGAACCUCCUGGCGCAAAAUUUAAAGUGCCCGGACCUGGUGCGCAUACUCCUAAUAUGAUGGCUCAAGUGAAACGUCCCCCUGCAUACAGCAUGCGACCUGCAUCAAAGCCACCAUACCAGCCGUUUGACACGUGGACUCCUCCUCCUAAUAUGUACUGCCCUCCGAUACCGAAACCAAAAGCCCCCUCGUACACAUUUGCCAGUAAGCCGGAGGCAAUUGCGAAGUCAACUACCCCUGGCCCAGGGGAGCACAACCCUAAUCACAACUAUGUCUUGAGGAGGAAGCCAGCGUACUCCAUGGGUCCAGCCUUCAGGUCUGUCAAGGAAGUCGAGGAGACACCAGCACCUAAUAUUUACUGUGACAAAAUGUUUAUGGUGAACAAGCCGACUCCUCCAGCGCCCAGUUUCGGCAUCCGGCACAGUCCAUUCCUUGGCAAAACAGAAGAACACUUGAAACCCGCAGACCUGGAACAUAGAAUUCAAAGUCAAACCUAUUAA